AUGACUAGCCAUAUCAACAUAGUGUUAACAAAGCUUUUACUGGUGCUGUUUGCGUCAGGUGCUUGGAGCCGAUCGUGGGCCAAUCACCAUGACACUACAACUUCCACCACUCAGACCACACCUACCACCACCCAAGCACCAAAGAAUUUCCAUAAUGAUCCUCUCAUCGUCGAAACUAAAAGCGGCCUUGUAAAAGGUUACGCUAAAACUGUGAUGGGCCGAGAAGUGCACAUAUUCACUGGUAUUCCAUUCGCGAAGCCCCCUCUGGGUCCAUUGAGAUUCCGUAAACCUGUUCCAAUCGACCCGUGGCAUGGGGUCCUUGAAGCGACAUCUAUGCCGAACAGCUGUUAUCAAGAGAGAUACGAAUAUUUCCCCGGAUUUGAGGGCGAAGAAAUGUGGAAUCCAAAUACUAAUAUAUCGGAAGACUGUUUAUACCUAAAUAUAUGGGUUCCGCAGCAUUUACGUGUCCGACAUCAUCAAGAUAAACCCUUAACUGAACGGCCCAAAGUGCCUAUACUCGUGUGGAUUUACGGCGGCGGUUAUAUGAGUGGCACGGCUACACUUGACCUCUACAAGGCGGAUAUAAUGGCUUCUUCUAGCGACGUCAUAGUAGCUUCUAUGCAAUAUAGGGUCGGCGCGUUUGGAUUUUUAUAUUUGAAUAAGUUUUUCUCGCCUGGGAGCGAGGAAGCACCGGGAAAUAUGGGUUUGUGGGAUCAACAAUUGGCUAUACGUUGGAUCAAGGAUAAUGCCCGUGCUUUUGGUGGUGAUCCUGAGUUGAUUACGUUAUUUGGUGAGUCGGCGGGUGGAGGCAGCGUAAGUCUGCACAUGCUAUCACCGGAAAUGAAAGGAUUAUUCAAAAGAGGCAUACUUCAAUCUGGAACAUUAAAUGCACCGUGGAGCUGGAUGACGGGGGAAAGAGCACAGGAUAUUGGUAAAGUUUUAGUCGACGAUUGCAAUUGCAACAGUAGUCUGCUAUCAGCUGAUCCCAGUCUUGUAAUGGAUUGUAUGCGCGGCGUUGACGCGAAAACGAUAUCCGUACAACAAUGGAACUCUUACACGGGCAUAUUAGGGUUCCCGUCGGCGCCAACCGUUGACGGUGUAUUCCUUCCCAAAGACCCAGAUACAAUGAUGAAGGAGGGGAAUUUUCAUAACAAUGAAGUUCUACUCGGCAGUAAUCAAGAUGAAGGUACAUAUUUCUUACUCUAUGAUUUCUUGGAUUACUUCGAAAAAGACGGGCCAAGUUUUCUCCAACGAGAAAAGUUUCUAGAGAUUGUCGAUACAAUUUUCAAGGAAUUCUCGAAAAUUAAGAGAGAAGCUAUCGUAUUCCAAUACACGGACUGGGAAGAAAUCACCGAUGGAUAUUUGAACCAGAAGAUGAUAGCGGACGUAGUGGGUGAUUAUUUCUUUGUAUGCCCCACUAAUUAUUUCGCCGAAGUGCUAGCGGACGCUGGGGUCGAAGUUUAUUACUAUUAUUUUACACAUCGGACCAGCACCAGCCUGUGGGGUGAAUGGAUGGGGGUUAUGCAUGGAGACGAGAUGGAGUAUGUUUUCGGCCACCCUCUGAACAUGUCCUUGCAGUAUCACACUCGCGAACGGGACCUAGCCACUCACAUCAUGCAGUCUUUCACCAGAUUUGCUUUGACCGGGAAGCCUCACAAGCCCGAUGAGAAGUGGCCUUUGUACUCUCGUACGUCACCUCACUACUACACGUACACGGCAGACGGCCCCAGUGGCCCAGCCGGACCCAGGGGGCCACGUGCGUCCGCCUGCGCCUUUUGGAACGACUUCUUGAAUAAGCUCAACGAACUGGAGCGCGUGCCUUGCGAUGGGGCAGUGACAGGUCCCUACAGCAGCGUAGCAGGGACGAGCCUGCCCAUAGUCCUUCUUACAACGUUAGCCACAACCGCCGCUUUG